AUGGCUACCAACGUACCUACAGUUAUCCCACGAGUCGGUGUCUCAUACAGUACAUUUAUGGAAUCGUUCUGUAGAAUUAAGAAGGGUGUAUUCAGAGACGCAUCAAUUGGCGCUCUAGGCAAGGUACAGAAGGUCCAUCAAGCUCAGUCAAGAAUCCUAAAGUGCUACCCUGACCUUGAGACCGGUAUUCUUGGAACCGCUAGGCCGCCUUCCCAAAGGUAUCCAUCACAGAAUGAGAUUGAUGAACUUCUCGGUGAUCUGAGGAGUGUCAAGUACUUUUUGUUUGACAUGGCGCGUCGUUUCUACUCUGGCCAUGAGAACGAGCGGAAUAUGUUGCAGCCCUUGGACGUGGUGACAGUAAGCUUGGAGAAACAGCUUUAUUGCAUUCAAUUAGCUAUCAACAAGCUGGAUCCUUAUCGCGGGCCUAAGGAUAUCUUCGGCAUGUAUUGUGGUGUACUUGUUGAUGAAAACUUGGCCAGAACUAACAGAGAGGGCACCGGUAAGAUUGAGGAACAGAUGCAGCAGAUGGCAAUCUAG